AUGUCGUGGAAUCCUCCAGGAGCACCGCCUCCAUAUGGGCAACCAAGGCCUGGCUUUCCUGCUGGUAUGCAACAAAGACCCAGUUUUCAAGCUUCUAUUUUUGGACCUAGACCGAAUCAGCCUUUUCCCCCAGGACAAGUUUCGCCAUAUUCUUCACCAAUGCGCGUUUGGACUGAGCAUACUUCCCCUGAUGGUCGUACAUAUUAUUACAAUAUUGUGACAAAACAGAGUACUUGGGAUAAACCUGAUGAAAUAAAGACUCCUGAAGAGCGUGCAUUGGGAUCUUGUGCGUGGAAAGAAUUCACUGCUGAAGGGGGUCGUAAAUAUUAUUAUAAUUCUGAUACUCACGUAUCAAAUUGGGAAAUGCCUGCGGAAUAUAAAGAGUUUCUCGAAAAACGGGAGAGAGACAAAAAUCAAUCUCAGCAUAAUGAAUCGAAUUCUCAGACAAAUGGUAAUACCGUUUCUCCAAGCCAACAAGAUUUCGAAAGAGCUCGUCAAUUAAGCAUACCAGCAGUUAGUCCCGUAAAUGUAACCCCAGUAAAUGUUAGACCGACCACACCUACGGUUGGAUCUCAUGUACCAAUUCUACCAAUUCAACAACCUGAACCUCAAAAAGUUGAAUUUGAACGUAAAGAAGAUGCCGAAGCAGCCUUUAAGAAAUUACUUAAAGAUUCGGGUGUCAAGCCUGAUUGGUCUUGGGAGCAAACCAUGAGAGCAAUUAUCGCUAACCCCAUGUAUCGGGCUCUUAAAACUUUGGCUGAACGAAAACAAGCAUUUCAUGAUUAUGUAGAUGAAUUACGCAAAAAAGAAGAGGAAGAAAAGAGAGCAAAAGCUAUAAAGAUUCGUCAAGAUUUUAUUUCACUGUUAGAGUCCUGUCCGGAAAUUAAUUCUUCAACGCGAUACAGGAAAAUGGGUGAUCUUCUCGGUGAAAAACUCGAGUUUUUGGCAGUAGAUGAUGAUAGACUACGCGAAGAUAUAUUCAGUGAAUAUGUUUAUGACUUAAGAAAGCAAGAAAAGGAAGUCCAAAGAGCCAUUCGUAAAGAGAAUAUGGAGAAAUUUAGUAAUCUUUUACGAUCACUUCCAAGUAUUACAGAAUCAACACGAUGGGUUGAUGCCCAAAAUGUAUAUAUGAAUACACCAGAAUAUGAACAAGACAAGACACUUCAGGAGAUGGAUAUGUUAGAUUUCUUAGCAGUUUAUGAAGAACAUAUUCGAUCAUUAGAACGAGAGACUACCGAAAAGAAAAAACGGGAUAUUGAUACGCAAACUAGACAACAACGUAAAAAUAGGGAUUCCUAUCGAGCUUUAAUGGAAGAGUUACGACAAAAAAAUGUAGUCACAGCAAAAUCUAAAUGGAAAGAAAUUUAUCCUAUUAUUCAUAACGACGAGCGUUAUCAAAAUAUGUUGGGACAACCUGGAUCCAAUCCUUUGGAAUUAUUCUGGGAUGUUGUCGAAGAACUUGAUGAAAUUUUAUAUCAGAAACGUAAAGUCGUGACAGAAUUUAUGAAGACAAAUGAUUUGUCAAUAACUCCGGGAAUGACCUUUGAAGAAUUCCAAUCUCUGCUAAGUUCAGAUGAACGUGUCGCGUCUGUGAAUGAGAUCAAUUUAAAGAUUAUUUUUGAACAGCUUCAAAGGAAACAAGAAAGACGACAGCGUAGAAAACUAGAUGCGUUCAGAUCAAUUCUUAGAAAUUUCGAAUCAAUGAUUUCACCUGAGACCACUUGGGAACGGAUGCGCCCAUUAGUUGAGAAAACUGAAGAAUUUCAUGCAAUUGACUCUGAACAACUACGUAAUGAAGUUUUUAACAAAUUUAUGGAACGCGUCAAAGAAAAGUUUCUCAGAAAAAGUGGGGAAGAUAGUGAAGAAGAAGAGGGAACAAUUAGAGAUGAAGAUUUUGAAGAUGAUAGACAUACAUCAUCAGAUCGUAAAAGAAAGCAUAAAAGUCAUCGAUCAUCAUAUCAUCAUAGACGACCGCAUCAUUAUUCUGAUUAUUCAGCAGACAGUGCUGAAUAUUCUGAUAGGGAUAGGGAAAGUAAUGAUAGACGAAAGCGACGAAAGCCAAAAACCAAGUAUGAAAAAAUUUUAAUACGAUCAUCGCGUUCACCUAGACCUCAUGAAGAUCAUAAAAUAUCACCUACAAAAGAAUAUAAAUCUCAUUCACCCAAACUAGAAGAACACUUUAUUAAACAUAAUUCACCACAACUUGAAACAUCAUCAUCGUCAUUUAAAAGUUUGCAAAGUACAAAACAAUUAACGGAAAUUAGCAAACAUGCAGAUUCAAGCGCGGAAGAAGGCGACUGUGAGCAAAUUCUUGAAUUCAAUGAAGAAUGUGGCUUUGGGGAAUUUGGAUUCACGAAAAUAAAAGGUGAGAUCCAGAAUAAUAAUAAUGAUGAACAUGAUAAUUCAACGUGUGCAGUUUGUUGUUGA